AUGCAGCCUGAUGGCUUUGUCACAACAACAACCAGCCCGGCCGUGCUUGCAGAGCUGGAAAAGGGUGGAGAGUACCUUAUCCUGGGGGACAGUAGCCAGAUCCGCCUGAUACGCUUGAGACGCUCUCUGGCUAAGCUUUUCAGCGGGUGGGUGCCCACCUUUAAGUUCACGGACGAGCAAAUCAGCUAUAGCCAGAGGAACAAACUUACUUUUUUCAUCGGGAAGAUCCCCUCGGCGGACGUGAUCGAGAAGGUCAGGCAGACGCUGGAGGAGAAAUUUGGCGCGGUGGAAACCUGGCAACCCCCGGCGAGGCAGGACAACUACAGCGUGGGAGCAGUGUUUGCUGAAACGGACACAGCUGACAAGCUAUUCUACGGGGUCGAGACCCUCAAGCUCACCCCUGCCGAGGGCGCGAUCAAGCUCCUCAUCCCUAACCGCUACUAUGUCGCGCCCGACGACCUGCUGGCGGACGCGCGCACGUCCCAGUUUUACUGCCCCCGGCUCGCUGGCAAAGAUCGCGCCGAGAUUGAGGACAUCCUCGCGUCAGCCCUGGCCAGCGGCAAAAUUCCCACCGACAUGGCGCGCCUCCUCAACCACACAGACCUGAAAGUGCUGCGGACGCCCGCCGGGGACUGCGAGCUCACCCACAUGUCAAUCGACGACUGCUAUGAAUUCACAGAGAAGGCGCAGGCGGGCGAAAUCAGCUUUGAGUGCGACGGCGUCCACUACACCCUCAACGUCAGGGACGACGACUACCAGGCCCCGCCGCCGCCCAGCGGCCAGCGCGUGGUACGCAUUCGCAAGCCCGCCAUCCUCAUCGUCGCCCCUGCGAGCACCCUGUGUGGCGGCAAGGCUGAGACAGCGAUCAAGGGCCUGAUUGACGGUUUCAAGGGGAUCGGCAUCACGCUGUCUCUUGCGGCCACCCGCGCCGUCUCCGUCAGGGGCGCAGUCGGCAUCCGCUUUGAGGUGCCAGACGUGGAGACUGUGGCGGCCAUCAUGCAGCACUACCUGACCACGGCCGGCUCCCCCCCUGAGGGCUGCGAGCGGCCGCCCAAGGCUGAGAUCAGGAAGAUGGCACGCGUCUGGACUGUGGGCCGCAAGCCGGCUCACCCCAUGUCCCCGGCUGGCAGCCUCCUGGGCAAAUCAGAACCUGCGGGCCACGAGAAGCUGACGGUGGCCAAGAUGAUCUAUGGGGCGGCAAAGCACAAUGUCACCUACCGCCGCUACGUGGACGCCACUGAGUGGGGCACCAAGGAGUUCAUCACCGCUGAGGCCGGCAAGGCCUCCGGCGCGGAGGGUGGGGACCUGGAGGGCAAGGACAAGGACCAGACCAAAGAGGACGAGCGCAACCCGCAGAAGCGGGCAGGGGAGCAGGAGGAGGGAGGCAACCCCAAGCGCCUGGCGGGUGACCCGGAUGUGCAGGGCGCCGACAACAUGGAGACGUGA